AUUCAGUAUGUUUAUGGCUGGGAGCAAAUGUCAUGCUGGAGUACUCAUGUGAAGAGGCCACUGAUCUUCUACAAAAGAAUUUGGAAAAUGCUAGAGCUAGUUUAGAAGUUCUUGUUACAGAUCUACAAUUCUUAAGGGAUCAAGUGACCAUUACUCAGGUGUUGCAGGCCCAAGUGGAUAUGGAUCAAACUCAACAGCUGAGCAAGUUACUCAACAAGAUUGUUCUUUCUUACUCCCUUCUUCUCAAGCUCAACUCACUGCAUUAGUCACUGGUUAGUCAUCUCAUCUCCAACCACACACAAACACACAACACAUACACAAACUUCUUUAUGAUGAAGAACAGUGCCCAUUUCCCCCCCUUCUGAAUCUGGUCUUCAUUUAAACAUACACAUUCUGAUCUGUCCAUGAGAGAGACUUCAUUAUAUAUUUAGAAAUGCAUCAAGUUUGAUAUUGUUGCAGAAUUUUUAUGUUCUUUUUUUUUUCUUCCUAUAUUUUUAUUUGUUUAUUUCUUCUUCUUCUUCUUCUUCUUCUUCUUCUUCUUUUUGUAGUUUUGUGAGUUCACAAAAUUGAAGUAGGGUUUCAGAGAAAGAAUAAUA